UGCGUGUUUACGAAUAAUAUGUUGAAGUUUGAUAUUUUUUAUAAUUGACAGUGGAGUAUUACCUAGAAAAGUUGAAUGCAAAAUAAAAUUUUAAAUAUUAAAAGAAACUGUGAGGAUCCGUUAAAAGUGAUUUAAUACUUUUAUUGCUUCAAGGUUAGGAUUUAUAUACUCUAAAUCAUUCAAAUUUCAUAGUCUCAAGAGUCAUUUUUUAGUGCAUUCUAUUUUAAGUUAAAUUCUUUCUCUGUAAUGUUUUAAUAUCGCGUGGAAGAGACUAAAUCAAAAUGGCAGAAGAUUUUGGAAGAGAAACACCACCGAUGUACGCAGCAAAUGAAGAAUCAAAAACUGCCGGACAGCCCCUUUCGGAUUUUUUGCUACAACUCGAAGAUUAUACACCCACGGUACCAGAUGCUAUUAGUGAACAUUAUUUACAUACAGCUGGUUUUAAUGCAACUGAUCCUAGAAUAGUACGAUUGGUGUCAUUAGCUGCACAGAAAUUUAUAUCCGAAAUUGCAAAUGAUGCUUUGCAACAUUGCAAGACACGUGGAGCCAAUCAGAAUACAAAAACAAAAGGAAAAGAUCGGCGUUACACUCUUACUAUGGAGGAUCUAACACCAGCAGUUGCAGAAUAUGGCAUUAUAGUUAAAAAGCCACAUUAUUUUGUUUGA